AUGCCUCAAAUUCCUUCCUGGCCCGGCGGUCUGGCUGUGAGACCAGCAUACGCCGGGACGCGGGCCGGUAAGGCGGGCCGACAGCUGCGGCGGCGGCGGCGGCGGCGGCGGGACCCCUCCCCGCCCAGUCCUCGCCCCGGCAGCCCGGUCCCGCAGCCAGCCCCGCACGCCGGCCCGAGCUCUCCCAAACCUCCCUCCCUCCUCCUCCUCGGGAGCUCCCGGGCUCUUCCUGUAAGAUCACUUCCUUCCUCCCCGGGUGCCCGCGGGCCCCGCGCAGCCCCCUCCCCGGCGGCCCCGGCCCCCCGCCCCGCUGCGCCGUUCCCCGCCCCCACCGCGCCCGGCGCGCUCUCCACCCGAAUCCCAAACUCGACCCUAAAACUCUUCCUCCGCGCCCCCCAUAAAACAUCCCCUCAGCUCCCGGCUCCAAACAUUUCUCCUCAGAUUCUCGUUCCCAUCGAGAAGUCUCUCAAAACCUUCCCUCCCCCUUCAAAAACUCCAAAAACAUUCUCAAGGUCUCGCUCCCAAAGAUCUCCCCUUCGGAGUUUUUCCUCCAAAAUUCCACUCAAACUCUCCCCCCACCUCAAGUCCACACACCCCCAAGCCCUCCCCCGGGUGCGCCCGUCGGGUCUGCCCCGUCGCCCCCGGGUGCCCCGACCCCUCCGCAGGGCAGGUAAUCCACUCCAGGCGCCCACCUUUCUUCUCGAUCGGCCGCCCCGGCCUCCCGCACCGCGCUCCCACCGCCCCACCACCGACCCCUCACCUCCGCGACUCCGGCCCACGCUCCCGCCAGCCGAAGACUCCAGCGCUCUCGUCCCGGCGGCCGGCGCCUCCUCGGGCUCCCCGGGACUGACAAUGAGGGGCGGGCCCAAAGGGUGA